GUCAAAAGCAGCUCCUGCUGUUGCAAUGGCGACCACAGCCGCGGCUGCUAAAAAAUCCGCUGCUGCUGCUGCUGCUGCGACCACGAUCGCCGCUGCCACCGUGAGAAACAAUCUCAACCCAGACGUCGCCGGCAUGCCUUCGUCGACCGAAUCGUCCAGUAGUAGCAGCGAAGAGUCGGAUUCCUCACCAAAAGACGAGAGUUGGAUGCUCCGUCCCAGCACCGCACCUAGCACUACUGCGAGGGAGCGGGCGAGGGUAAACCGGCAAGAGGGCUUCACUACGGCAGUAGACGCAGCUGCUGGUCGUGCUGGUAGAGACGGCGAACUAGAGCAGGAUAGGAGCGAAAUACAGGUUGAUGGUGCACCUGAUCCACGAUUUUCCGCGAUGGCCGGCGACGCUGAAGAAGUAGCAGAUCGUACUGCACCAGGAGAAACAUCAACAAAGCGUCACCUAGUGGCGGACGGGGCGUCUCCGUUAGACGCAAAGCGGCCUGCGCCGAUUUCGAUUCCGUCGAAGCGCGGUAUUUGCUAUUGGAAGGAAGAUUUGUCUUGCGCGUCUAAGCUAGUGGAGUUAGAUUUCUGUUGCUAGUACUUAUGCAAAUCCUUCUCAGCAUAGAAUGCACGAGUAGCAAAACAACGAAAAAGGUUCUCGGCGCGAUUUCGACGGGAGUCGCAGCCGCUCAACGACCAGUAGGAGUGGCGGGUCGGGGAGCAAUAUGCCGGAAUCCGCUUCCGGUGCGACAUUGUCGACUCUUUCGGGUGACAGCGACAGUGGGGAGCAGCAGGCAGCAGUGAAGAAAGCUGAUAGCAGAGAUAGUCCAGCACUUCAAGCCACGACCCGAUCUAGCACCUCACGGAGUACUAGGGUGUCGUCCCCUACUCGACUUCCGAUCGCUGCUAGAUCCAGUAUAUGCGUUGCAAAAGUUGUAUGUCCUAUCGUACUACGUAGUGGUUGCUUCACGUUUACAUAUUUUUCAGAGCUUGUCGUUUAGAAUCAGAUAUCGAAGCACGUCCUUUGUUAUGCAUGGCUGCAAUCGAUCAGUACGAGUACGAUACUUUGGCACAGGAUACACUAGUAAGACCUCGAGUGAACAAAGCGAAAAGCGACGGGCAGCUCCACGACAUUCCGGCGAGCAAGGUGGAAUAGGGCCUGUUCUUGCGCAAGAAGGCCCUCCAAUUUCUGGCGCAGCAGCUGCCCAAGACGAGCCUCCGCAGCAACCAUCUGGGGUGGAACAAUCAGCGGCUGCAGCAAGUGCGUCCCCACAAGCCCUCCGCAGUGGUGGUCUAAUCGACGAUGCUGAUUACAACGAAAGCACAGCAGCAGAACGUCAACAUCAAAGCGGGUCAAGAGCCUCGAAUCUCAGCGGCGGCGCUGCAGCAAACACAGGACAACAAGCUCCGAUCGGUACCAGUUCCAGCACAAUGGGGACGAGGGCAGGAACAACAACAGCCACAAAGCUCGCAACAGCUUCCUCGGUUAAUAGAAGACCUGCAUCAAGCCGAAGUGCUAAGUCCUCCAGCAGUAGAACCCGUGCCGCCCGGAGAAAAAACAAGCACAGCAAACAUUACGUGACGACCAACAACCUCGCGUAUGGGCACAAAUCCGCCCGGUACUACACGGGAGAGCAGGCCGUGGAGCUGCAUUUCCGCUCCAACCCCGAUGUGCGGAUGUUCUGCCGCAGUUUCAUCCGCUAUAUGGAAGCGCUUCUGGAACUGAUCGUUAUGAUGAAAAGCCACGUGGUAUCCUGAGUAAAAACGUACCCACACCAGACUCAGGAUGGGGAUUUUGCAACACAAGCCUGGGAGUUUUGUGAGUCACGCAUGACAAGUUGCACUCUGCAGUGUAGUGCAGGUUAGCAAGUGCAGCCGCAUGACAGAUUCAUCUGCUCAUCCUGUUCACAGCAUCACAAAUUCCAAAACACGACUGGAAAUGGCUCUCAUGGGGAUGCACAUUACAAGUCUUCCUGUCUUUGCAAAUCUGCAUCACAACUCUGGGGUGGGGACGUUUUUACUCAGGAUACGUGGAGUUCUGGAUUUCCUACUACAAAAUCGCUUACCUGUGCCUGUUGUCCUGGUGGAUCUUCCGCAUGCUUGUCGUGUACUAUUUCCACGGUGUGAAGGAGGAGGACGACGACGACGACGCAGAUGCAGAAAAGGAGACUCUUCGCUCUGAGUGGAAGGACGAAAAAAUCCUCGAGGUGAAACAAUUUCUGAAAGCGUGGGUGCAAAACCAAAUUGCGAAGAAUCAACGGCAACGGGAAAAGGAAAAUGCUGAAGGAGCACCGAAGACCGAAGAGUCGUCGAAAUCGAAAAGAAGUACAACUGCGGGAGCUCCUGCUGCGCAAAGAAAACCACUGGACGAGAAACAUCAAAGUCCGCCGACUUCUAGUGGGCGGUGUCUUUCUUCUUCGUUGAAUUCAAAAUCUAGACCAAGAUUAGCAUCCGUGUUGUACCAGUACGCCAGCACGUCUUUGGAAAACUUGCUGGAGAAAGCAAUGGAAAAGAAAUAUUUGAGACGGGGAAGUAGAUUCGGCAACUUCGUAAAAGCUUUCGCGGGGAAACUCGGAAAAAUGGGGAGGAGAACGUCGGCGUUGCUGGUGUCUGAGAACAAAAACGAGGGAGAGAUAUUAGACCAUACGGAUUCGUCUUUUGAUCCGAGGUUUGGGGUCAAUGCCUUCGGAAAUAACAGCAGUGAUAAAAAGGAGAAAAGACAAAGAAGUUGGCAGAAGACCAGAAAGGGCGACGAGGUUUUGGGUAAUUCUGAAGUGGAGCUGGCAACGAUGCACUCUUCUAAGCAUGAUCUCCCUCGCGACAGCACAACUUCACCGAGUGGUCAGCCGGUGCGGCAGACGUUUGCCUUCGACUAUGCGAUGAGGGGCAAAAGCGACGAAAGGGAACAGGAGGAAAAGUAUUUGAACCGAAUAAAGAACCACAUCGAGCAGGACGCAUCCUGUUUCGCGCCUCAAGAUAGAAACCUCUGCACGCGGCCUGAUGUUGUCAAAGAUGCGCGAAAAUCGCAUGAGCAACAAGCGCCUGCUGUGCCGGGUUCGCUGCAGAUGAACACUUUAUUUCCGAUUUCCUGCUUCCAGGCUGGGCCUGCGAUUGUUUCACCGCCUCCCCCAACGCACAAGCAGAAGCACAUGGAAGACUCGGGCUACAAGCUUCAGCAGAGCAAGUUGCUGUCCAAACUACCUCUCGAGAAAGGAAAGAAGAAAAAGAACGCAAGUAGAGGACUUGCUGCUGCUCCGACGUCAAGAAGAGCUGAUGACCGCGCUCGUAAUGUUUGCUUCUCCAGCACCGGUGUGUGCGCAUUUGCGAAUGUAGUCGACGUUGUGAAUGUAGCGAAAGAUACCGUUCGAGCACGAGAAAACAAGGAAGGUGUGAAGGCGCCACCGCUGACGCUGCCGAUAAAGCGGUUAAGAAGUGAUCCUGCAGUAGUAAAGCAGCAUGCGGAGUGGCAUCGUAGUAGAAGAAAGAAGCGGGGGCGGCAAGAACGUGGUCGGAAUCAUACGGAAGAAGGACCGCGGUCGCGGAUGAAGAUGAAUAUGAACAAUAGGACCUCCAGAGACCGCCAAGCACGGAAUAAUGAAGAAAGUCGAGAUCAUGCAGGAACAGAUGCGACAAAAGUCCCGGGCGCGCCAGAGCAAGGCCGCGCUGCAGGUCCACUCGUACUCCCGCCGGUGCCUGCUGCGUCGCCUUUGGCCCCUGGCGUUUUUGUGCCUCGUCCACGGACGAAUGAAAAUGCGGCACAAGCGCCUGGCCCGUCCGUUCCAUUGUUGCGGGAAACAAGUCACCCGAGGACAGGAGUGGAAACACAUGAUCCGAGUGAUAACCUCCUGGGCGCUGAGAAUGCAAUAUCGUGGUUGCGGCCUUCGGCCGAGCAAAGGCUGAAGGCGGCAAAGAAAAUGUUUGACGAAGCUGAGUAAAACGACAACGCUUCUUUCGAUCUAGCUGAGAAGCAACUGCAAAAUAGAAGCUUCCUUCGGCACAACCUUCAUACAGAUUCGUAAAGUUUAAAGCUAAAAUAAAAGUUACAGUCAAAAGCAAAGUUACAUACACCUGAAAGCAGAGAAAGCGAAAGUUACCGACAUUGUCAAAAGUGGACGUCGCAAGGUCCCAAGUCAAAAAAAUAGAAUUAGUCAGAGUGAUUUGCGUUUUUGCCCGAAGGUCUAAAUCUAGUGAUUUGUACGAGUUAUGCCCUCCCCUUCCUUCGGGACAGGGAGGUUCUGGUUCUGAGUUUGAAGCGGAAAAGUCUCUUCAUUGAGUGCCCGAAUACUGCUAGUUGUGUCAUCGAGUGAGCUGCGUCCUUUCGCUUUUAAACGUGCAUCUCUUUGAAGGAAAUGAACAACGCCGGCGAACAUGACCGGGAACGCCUUACACAAAUAACGACGCCGAAACAAAUGGAAAGGAAAAGUGCAGAUGUUGAACGCUGCACGGUGCUAUCCUGCACUACUGGAUUCGACGUCGCGGUCGCGUCAGCAGCCGCAGACUUGCCCUACGUGUUGAUACAGUGCGAGAUCGUCGUGUCACUCUCCCGGUAUAUCGGUGUUAAAAACGCAUCGCAAGUCGUUGCUUGACAAAGAGAACCGUUCUGCUGCUUUCGCACAAACUGAACGCAAACCUCAAACCUUUGGAGCGUUCAUGCACAGAUAUUCCUAACUCUCAUCCGCUGUAGCACUCAC